GCUCUGACGUUUUCGAGCUUCUAAACCUCUCACAAGAAAUACCGAGGUGCUUUACACCAGAAAACCGAAUUCUGUUAAUUGGGCCGACUUCCCUUCCAAUUAAUACCCCAUUUCGUCGAAGCAGCCAACGACAACUGCGCACGAUGCGGCGGACACUCGGACUCCUCGCGGCCAUCAAGCCCGCGCGUUACCUCGAGGCCGGCACCCCGACGGGCCUCACGGGCCUCUUCACCCACAGCUCGCCGCGCUCGACCCUGCUAUACCUCUACACGCGCACGCUCGAGAAGCUGCAAGACGUCCCGGAGUCGUCGCUCUACCGCCAGUCCGUCGAGGCCCUAACCAAACACCGACUGGCCAUCGUCGAGGCCGCCGAGCCCCCGGGGUACGCCGAGUGGGCGGUGCGCGCGCGCAAGAUCGCCGAGGCGAACCCGGCUCGCUUCGGCGUGGCGACGGCCGGCACCAAGACGUCUGCCGAGGGGUCCUUUGCGCUGCAGGUCGAGUCGGGCGGCAAGCUGUUCGUGCACCGCUCGGAGCCGGCGCCGAGGGACGACCGGUACGAGGAGUGGAAUGGGGAGAGGGACGAGGGGCCUGGCUCGGAGGGCCUGAAGGGGGCGGAGGAGCGCGGAGAGCAUGAGAUGCUGUUUACGCGCGAGCCGACGGAUCGCCCGAAUGAUAAGGUUCAGUGGGAGCCGGAGCCGCAGUUAACUGCUGAUCAGAUCGAGGAAAUCGAGAGCAAGAUCGGAGGUGGGCUGAUCGAGGAGGUGGUGCGAGUGGCCGAGGACGAGUUACGACUUGUGGAUAUCAUGCAAGAAAACAAGGUAUGGGAGGAGCUAGAGGAGAAGCCUGCCGAGGGCCAGUGGACCUACUUCGAGCGCGGCUAGCAAUAGAUGGAUCUGCAUCGCCGAGAUUCUGCUCCGCUGUGGAAGUUCCGUAAAUUGCUUCCGUGGCGGUGUACCGCGGGGCAGGUGUACGGUAGAUAAAAGCAUGUACAUACGGAAGACGGUUUACGUUAUCAAACGCUUUUGACUUUUGAUGCUGUCACCGCAUGAAUUAGAGAUCAAUGUCGUGUUUACCGUCUGAACGUGGGAAAGCUGUGUUGUUGCAUUUACUUUUGGUUGAAUCUUCUCUUACCGAGCCUGGCUUAUCGAAGAAUCUCAAUAUGUUAUGAUUUAUUGGAGAUGGUAAGACUUUGAAUUAUUCGAGCUUCAUAUGAUGAAUACCCCGUAGGUUUGAACCCGUAGUCAUCGACAUGCCUCUAGAAUGGAAGAGGGGAAAGGACGUAUAAACAGCUACCACAUAAGGCAGGAUUUCCUUGAGACCCAUAGCACAAUAUAUAACUAAGUACCUAAU